UUUCGCACGAGUUAAGUGUACUUAAGUGGAGCUCCGGAAGCGCAACCGAAACCACCGAAGGCGUUGGAACUUUUUUAAGGUGCUCUGAGAAGUUGAGUGUGAAGUCCCGUGAGACAGACGACGGUACGCGUUUUUUUUUUGGUACCAUCCCUCCGGACCGGAAGUUAGUGCGACUGAUCCGACCAGACCAGUGUGGGUCCGUGUGUGCGUGUAUGUAUGUGCGUUAUCGAUUCGCGAACCAGACCAGUGCCGUAAAACCACCGCGUGGAUUACCUUGACCGGGGCGGACGAACAAGAACGAAAGAAACGUACGGAGAACCGAAAUCAGGGAAUACCUGAAAUCAGCAGCCGCGCAGCAACAGCAGGAAGCAACCAAUUCAAAGACCAUCCAACAAAAUGUCCGAAGCGGUCGAAGUCGAGCAAAUCAUCGAAACCAAGCCAAGAAAGAUGGCCCUCCCCACCUCCCUGGACAAGGACGCGAUCCGCGAGGCGUACGAGGACGUCCGGUCGAACCUGACGGACAACGAGUGGGCGGUGUUCAAAUUCGACGGCCUCAAGAUCGUCUGCUCCGAUAAGGGCAUCGGUUUCGACGAGUUCUGCGCCCAGUUCCACGACAACGAGCGAGCCUUCGGCUACAUCCGGAUACAGAUGGGCGACGAGAUGUCCAAGCGGAGCAAGUUCAUGUUCGUCACCUGGAUCGGGCCCGAAGUCGGCGUGAUGCAGCGAGCCAAAAUGUCCACCGACAAGUCCAUCAUCAAGGAUGUGAUCAAUAACUUUGCAGUCGAACUGCAAGUGGAAUCGAGCAACGAGCUAGACCUCAUGAUGUUCAAAGAGCACCUGAACAAAGCCGGUGGAGCGAACUACGGAACCGGCGUUCGCGAGCUGUAGAAAACAACGCUUUAGGAUUAUCGCCCCUCGCCUAACCUGUUUCCUCUUUGUGACAAUCUGCAACACAAAUAAUCACACAGACACACCCACUAAAACCUAGUAGUUAAGAACGGUUGCAGAGGAACGGUCUUCCCUUCUCCUAUCCUAAAACAAAGCUUCCUAUUUAUAUAUUUUAUUAAUUUAAUCAAAAUUGUGAUUUUGAACGUAUUCGACGAAAGGAAAAUUAUCUUUUGGAUGUUGUUUACCGAAUCCUAUCACUCUCCGACCCUUGUUAUAAUCCCUUCAUGAGAGAGACCCUUACCCUCGUUCAUGGUCACACCAUAAUCAAUGAGUAUAAGCAUCAAAUGAAUAUUGGAACAAAAUUGCAAUAUUAUCAUACUAAUUGAUCUAGUUGUUAAGUGUACACGCAAGAAGUAAACGAAAACUCUUAUUGGAUUCGCAUGUUCGCUUCCAUUAUUCCAUCAAUUAAACUGUGACUGACGCAAGCGAGAGAGAAAAUGUGACCCUGUUAAGUUAAAUCAUUAAAUAAUAAUUGUGCGCAUAAUAAGUCGGAACAAUGGCAAGCGAAAUCAAAACAUAUAUUUGUUUCUCUUCAGUACUCAGAAUGGCGACGUCAACAUCAUAUCUGCAGAUUUCUUCCUUCGAAACCAACCCUAUUGUGUAUUUGCAAGUGUAUAGAAAACAACGAGAGACAUGCGUCCGUACAUGUUGUGUAGGUGCCUAGUGAUGGAAGCAGUUUGUUUCUUCUUUUUUUUUUAAAUAAUAGAACAACAACGAGUGUGUAAUGUAAUGUAACCGACCCCAAGGGCACAGACAUAGCGAGACCCCAUUUUGGGCGUCGUGAUUUUGAGACGGAAUAAUUAUAGCAGGAAAAUUUUCCAAAAAAUAAAACUGUAAUUCAAAA